AUGGCACACUCUUCAUAUGAGCAAGCGUGUGAAGCGGCUCUCUUUUUUAAAGAUCGCUUGCCGUCUCCGUUGCAAGCCCCUCGCAUCGCCAUAAUCUGUGGCUCUGGCUUGGGCGGGCUCGCCAACACAAUUGACGCCCAACCGCGAGCCGAAUUUGACUUCAAGUCAAUCCCUCAUUUCCCUCAUCUAACAGUUGCCGGCCACGCAGGAAAACUCGUCUUUGGAUGCCUCAACGGGCAGGUCCCUGCAGUGUUGAUGGUGGGCCGAGCUCAUUACUACGAGGGCCAUUCUCUUGAUCGAGUGACAUUUCCUGUACGCGUUUUCAAGCUACUUGGCAUUGACACAAUAAUCUUAACCAAUGCCGCGGGGGCCUUAAACCCAGAUUAUAUGGUGGGAGACAUUGUGCUACUCAACGACCAUUUAUUCCUUUCUGGACUGGCAGGCAUUCAUCCACUAAGAGGGCCCAAUGCCGAAGAAUUCGGUCCACGUUUCCCUCCACUAUCUGAUGCCUACGAUCUCGACCUGCGCCGCCAUGUUCAUAAAGCUUGGGCCGCAAUGGAUCUAUCGGACAACCAGAGGAGGCUCCACGAGGGUAUAUAUGCUUUUGUUGGCGGACCAAGCUAUGAGACCAGAGCAGAAUGUCGCAUGCUCCGCGGAUUAGGCGCCGAUCUGGUGGGGAUGUCCACUGUUCCAGAAAUUGUUGUUGCGAGGCAUUGCGGCGUGCGAGUCCUAGCAUUGAGUCUCGUGACUAAUAAGGCUGUUCUGGAACCAGUUCCCCGAGGUGAUGACAGUUUGCUCACAGGCAAGAGGGCGGAAGAGCUGGAUGCAAUCAUGCAGGAAGGAAAGGCUAACCAUCAAGAAGUCCUUGACGCUGGUCGCUCGGCAGCAAUCGACAUGCAAAAAUUGGUGAUGGAGACAGUCGCUUUCGGGUUUCCACCAUCCGACAGGCGCUAA